AUGAAAGUCACUAUUAGAAACGUAAACAAAGAAGUCUAUACAUUCGAUGUCACCGGUGAGGAGAAGGUUAUACAAUUAAAGGAAAUGAUUGCCGAUAAACAUAAACAUCUGCCAACAUGGCAAACUUUAAUUUAUAGUGGUAAAAUUUUAGAGAAUGAUAACCAACUUUCAACUUAUAAUAUCACCGAGAAUGGUUUCAUUGUUUGUAUGGUUAAAAAGCCAAAGGAAGAAUCUACACCAGCACCACCAACAACAACAACAACUGCCGCUCCACAAGCACCAUCCUCAACAACCACUACCUCCACUCCACAGGCAGCCACUCCAGCCGCACCAACCACCACCCCAAUACAACCAACACCAACACCAACUGCCACCUCGACACCAACAACCACUCCAUCACCAGCCACCGCCACCUCACCACAACGUGACUCCACAGGAUUCGUUAGUGGACCAGAGUACGAACUUAUUGUAAAGCAAAUAGAAGAUAUGGGUUUCUCAAGAGACGACAUUACCCGUGCCUUGAGAGCUUCCUACAACAACCCAGAGCGUGCAGUAGAGUUAUUGUUAACCGGUUCCGUUCCAGCUGCCUCUGCUGAUGACGAAGAAGAUGAAGAUAUUGGUGAACAACAAGAGUUGAUAAAUGAUAUGACCAAGUUUUGCUAA